UUGAAGCAGUGGGGAGUCGAGAUAGCCUCAGAAAAGAAGAUGCGGGCAGAAUCGGAGCAGUACGUAGGGGAGAACCUAUGUACCGAGUUAACCCCAUUCACCUUUCCUGUCCAUGAUGGUCACAAUACCAUUGAGAUUAGGAAUGUUCCUAUGGCGUAUGUCAAGGAUCUGUGGCAGAAGAUAGAGGACAUGUUGUCAAUGAACGACAACGACAUCACAGGGGUACACCGUCUCACCUGGCAUGAAGGUCGUAUCCCUAGUGAUGAAUUGUGGGUCAAGUUUGGGGGUGACAAAGGAGGAGGAAGCUUCAAGAUGUCCUUCCAGAUCGUCAACGUGGAGAAUCCUAAUGCGGCCAAUAACACCUGUGUGUUCUGCAUGUUUGAAGCGUCUGACAACCCCGUCAACCUCAGAAUUGCUCUCAAGAGGUACAGAGACCAGAUUGAAGACCUGGAGUCUAAAACCUGGAGAGGGAAGAAGAUCAAAACAUUUUUGAGUGGCGACUACGAAUUUUUGUGCCAUAUGUAUGGCCUGUCAGGAGCAUCAGCUCCGACCCACCCCAGAGUGUUCCUGCCAGAAGCACACAAAGCAUUUGCCAGGACUUUGAACGCUUCACUGCAGCUGGAGCAGAUCUAA